AUGAUGAUUUUCAUCAUUUGUUCGGUCGAAUCUAGUAAAGCUUCUGAUCUUUUAAAACGAAAGAGUUAUGAAGCUAGUUCAAGUUCAGAACAUUCUUCUCAUUCAUCAUCAAGUGAAAGCGAUUCAUCUAGUUCAAAAUUCUCAGAACAUAAUGGAAAAAUCGAAAAAUCAGGUACUUCAUCACACAAAGCUGCAUCCGAAAGUGAUUCGCAUGAUUCAAAAAAAGAAUCCGUCAAAUCCAAAGGUAAAAAUGGAGAAUUCUCAGCAAGUGCUAGUUCAUCACACGAUUCAAAGAGUCAAAAAUCUGAAUCAGACAAAUCCAGUUUCCACGAAAAAAGUGGUAAUGGAAAAUUUGAAGCAGAUGGUAGUCAUUCACACAAGGAACAAGAUUCAAAUAGUGAAAAAUCCAGUAAAGGUUUUGAAGUAAAAUACAACGGUAAAGAUGGAAGUUUCUCAGAAGGCGCACAUUCUUCAUCCAAAUCAGAAAAUAAACACAGUGAAGAUGACAAAUCCAGAUAUCACGUUCAAGGUGGUCAUGGAAAAUUUGAAGCAGAUGGAAGUUCCAAACACAGUGAACAUGACUCUCACAGUGAAAAAGACGGCAAAUCUUUCCAUGUCAGCUCCAAAGGUCACGGUAAAUUUAUUGAAGCAGAUGGAAGUUCCAAACACAGUGAACAUGACUCACACAGUGAAAAAGACGGCAAAUCUUUCCAUGUCAGCUCCAAAGGUCAUGGUGGAAGUUUUGAAGCAGAUGGAAGUUCCAGACACAGUGAACAUGACUCACACAGUGAAGAAGGAUCAAGCCGUUUUCACUUUCAAUCCGGAAAAGGACACUCUGAAGGACAUGAACACUCUGAAGGACAUGAACACUCUGAAGGACAUGAACACUCUGAAGGACAUGAACACUUUGAAGGACAUGGACACUCUGAAGGACAUGAACACUUUGAAGGACAUGGACACUCUGAAGGACAUGGACAUGAUGGACACUCCGUACAUAUUCAUGGACACUCUGAAGGACAUGGUCAUGGUCAUAAGCACUCUGAUGGACACUCCGUACAUAUUCAUGGACACUCUGAAGGACAUGGACAUGGUCAUAAGCACUCUGAUGGACACUCCGUACAUAUUCAUGGACACUCUGAAGGACAUGGUCAUGGACACUCUGAAGGACAUGGACAUAAACACUCCGUACAUAUUCAUGGACACUCUGAAGGACAUGGACAUGGACAUGGACACUCUGAUGGACACUCCGGAUUUAAAAAACACGUAGAAAUCGAUGGCAAAGUAGUUGAAUCAAAACACGGCUCAGAAAAACACGGAUGGAAAAAACAUGGUGAUGGAGUCCAUUGGUGGGGAAAACAUGGAUCCAGAAAACACAGUAAAUUAAUUAAAUUCCGAAGUGCUGAAUGGUUUGAAUUCUGGUGGAAUAAAUAUUGUAAUCAAAACGUAACUUGGUGGAAUGAUUUCUAUACCAAAUACGCAUGCGAUGGUGAUGAUGGCAAAGAUUUAGACGGCCAAUACAAACAUACUAAAUUAUGGUGGAAAAGCUGGUGGGAAAAAUUCGGAUGGAAAAAACAGAUUUCUAAAGAAGAUUGCGACGAUACCGGUUUUGUUUAUAAAAAAUCACAUAAAUCUCAUGGAUCCUCUUUCGUAAAAUUCUCCUCUGAUGGAAAAUCAUUCUCAUUCACUGAAAAGUCAUAUUCUGAUGAUAAAUGGUUUGAAACAUGGUGGUCAGAAUGUGAAUCAAAGGGAUCUGAAUGGUGGGAUAAAUUCUACACAAAAUAUGCAUCUUCCAAUGAGGAUGGUCAAAAUUUAGAAUCUCAAACCAAACAUUCAAAAGAUUGGUGGUGUAACUGGUGGAAAAAUUUCGGUUUUAAAAAGACAUACGAUACUGAAGAUUGUGAAGAUUUUGAUAUCUAUUUUAAAGAAGGUGAUGAUUUUGAGGAAUUUCAUAAAUCCAAAUUUUUUGGAUCUAAAUCUCAUGGAUUUGAAUCUGAAUCUCAUGAAUCUGAAUCUCAUAAAUCUGAAUAUCAUGAAUCUGAAUAUCAUGAAUCUUAUGAAUCUGAAUUUCAAAGUGAAUCAUUUUUUGAUUCUUGGUGGAAUGAAUGUGAAAAUAAAGACUCUGUAUGGUGGGAUAGCUUCUACAGCAAAUAUGCAUCCAGCAAUGAUGAUGGCAAAGAUUUAGACUCCAAAACACGCCAUACUAAAGAUUGGUGGUGUACCUGGUGGAAAACUUUCGGUUAUAAAGCACAAUUCAGCAGUGAAGAAUGUGAUGAAUUUAAAUCUUUUAUUAAAAAAUCUGAACCCAAAAAAACCGAUGAACCCAAAAAACCCGAUGAACCCAAAAAAUCCGAUCCCAAAAAACCUGAUGAACCCAAAAAAUCCGAUCCCAAAAAACCUGUUGAACCCAAAAAAUCCGAUCCCAAAAAACCUGUUGAACCCAAAAAAUCCGAUCCCAAAAAACCACACACCAAACGUGAAGAAGAUUGUGAUGAAGAUGAUAAGGAAAUACAUGGAGCUUUUAAGAAAACAAAAGGUUUUAAACAGGUUGGUGUUAAACAUGUUGAAGGUUUUGAACAUGAUGAAGGUUAUGAAUCUAGAAGAACUUCUGAAUUUUUCAAUAAGUGGUGGAGUAAACAUGAAAAUGAAAGUUCUUCAUUUUGGGAAAAGUUCUGGACUGAAUGUGUAUCUGAAGAUGAAGAUGGUAAAGAUUUAAACGAAAAAACUCACCAUAGUAAAGCAUGGUGGGAAAAAUGGUGGAAAACUACCGGUUAUCAGCGAAAUAUCCCUGAGGAAUAUUGUUAG